UGAGUCACAUGAUCUGGGUUUGCUGCCGGAAGUGGUCGCUCUAUUUCUAGCAGGGCCAAGUGUAAUGCUGGAGCAGCAGUGGCAGUUUUCUUCUUCGAGAUGCCAGCUUUCUGGUUGUCCAUUUGUUUUCUUCCUCUCUGGACCGUCCUUCCAGUCACAGCUGGUAAACCCUGUGAGGCCAAGAGUUUUGGCUUGAGUUCGGUGGUUUGUGUCUGCAAUGCAACGUACUGCGACACCAUGGACCCGGUGGUGGUACCCAGGAAGGACCAUUACCUGCUAUACGAAACCAACAGGGCUGGUAAACGACUCGAGAGCAAGAUGGGGGAGAUCGUGCCCGAUGCCAAACACCCAGGGCUGCGGCUGACUCUGGACGUCAGGAAGAAAUACCAGCGGAUGAAAGGAUUUGGAGGGGCCAUGACGGACGCUGCUGCCAUUAACAUCCUGUCUCUCUCCCCCGGGUCGCAGAGGAACCUCCUGCGAUCCUACUUUUCUGAGGAAGGAAUCGAGUACAAUAUUAUCCGCGUGCCGAUGGCGAGCUGUGACUUUUCCACACGGGUGUACACAUAUGAUGAUCAGCCAGGAGACUUGGGUCUACACCACUUCAGUCUGGCAAAGGAGGACACGGACAUGAAGAUCCCACUAAUCCAGACAGCCCAGAAGAUAUCCAAGCGUUCCCUGUCCCUAUUUGCAAGUCCGUGGACCGCUCCGGCCUGGAUGAAGACCAAUAACUCCACGAUCGGAAAGGGGACCCUGAGGGGGAGUCCUGGAGGGCCAUAUUACAAGAGCUGGGCAAACUACUUUGUCCGGUUCCUGGAUGAAUAUGCCAAACACAACCUCACCUUCUGGGCGGUGACGGUGGAGAACGAGCCCACCAUGGGGUUGAUGACUGGUUACCAUUUCCAGUGUCUGGGCUACACCCCGGAGCUGCAGCGAGAUUUCAUCGCCCUCGACCUGGGGCCUGCCUUGCACAACAGUGCCCACAAGAACGUGAAGCUCAUGAUGUUAGACGACCAGCGAUUGCUGCUGCCUUAUUGGGCUAAAGUGGUACUGGGAGACGAGCACGCUGCUCAGUACGUAGACGGGAUCGCGGUGCACUGGUACAUGGACAUGCUGGCCCCCGCUGACAAAACCCUGGGAACCACUCACCAGCUUUUCCCGGAGUACUUCCUGUUCGCCUCGGAGGCGUGCACCGGAGACAUGCCCUGGGAACACAUGGUGCAGCUGGGGAGCUGGAAGCGAGGAGCCAUGUACAGUCAGGACAUCAUCCAGGACCUGAAGAACUUCGUGACUGGUUGGACAGACUGGAACAUAGCCUUGGACCUUCAGGGUGGCCCGAACUGGGUGAGGAACUUUGUUGACAGUCCUGUCAUCGUGGACCGCAAGAGGGACUUGUUCUACAAGCAACCCAUGUUUUACCACAUGGCCCACUUCAGUAAGUUUGUUCCGGAGGGUUCUCAGCGGGUUGGGCUUGAGCCCAGUGCGGAGACGGAGCUGGAAGCGGUAGCCUUCCUUCAGCCGAACGGGACUGUCGUCGUCAACGUACUGAACUGGACUCCCAGCGAUGUUGAUUUCCUGAUCUGGGACCCAGAGAAUGGCUACAUCCAGGCCCAUUCCCCUGCUGACUCUAUCCAGACGUAUCUAUGGAAACAGCAAUGAACGGGCCAGAUGUCAGGAGUUGUAAACGGCACAGUGAUGCUCCAGCAAUGGGUGUGCUCUGGUCUGUUUUCACGCUUGUCAGAAAUUUCCCCCUGUAUCUGAAGAACUGUUGUCAGUACAAUACCAUUGGGACAGUCUGUACUGAGGAAACACCAUUUGUCACAAUGCCGUGAACCAGAUUCAGCUUUAUUACUAACAUGAGGUAUUUGAAUUCGCCAUUAUCCAAAAGUGGGCAGUGAGGAGUUUAUUGGUUGCAAGCACUAAUUCCAUUUCCUAAUCUCUAAACUGUCCAAAAUCUCACUUCUGAGAACUAGCAACUCCCAAUCAAUCAAUUAACCAAGCAAGCAGUAUUAACAAACAAUCUGCUGGGGGAACUCAGCGGAUCGAGCAGCAUCUGUGGGAAGAAAGGAAUUGUCGAUGUUUCAGGUCGUGACCCUGCAUCAGAACUGGGACGCUGCCUGACCUGCUGAGUUCCUCCAGCACUUUUUGUGUAUUGCUCCAGAUCCCAGCCUCUGCAGUAUUCCUUGUAUGUCCUCCAGCAGGUUAUUUGUUGCUCCAGAUUCCAGUGUCUGCAGUCUCUCAUGGCUCCUGACUCAAAAUUAACACUGGACGAUCUGAAGGGGCAACGGUGUCGGAAAUCCCACCUCUGAAAUAAAAACAGAGGAUGCUGGAAACACUCAGCAGGUCAGGCAGCGUGUGUGGAGAGAGAGACACGUUUCUGGUAACUCUCCCUUCAGAACGGAAAAUAUCGACGUGAAGAGGAGACUUCAAUGUGAUUCUCCACAGAUGCUGCCUGGUCUGCUGAGUGUUUCCAACAUACUCUUUGUCGCUGUACAUUUAAGCACACUGUUAUGAAAAUUAUUACACAUAGCCUUCAUCUCAAAGUAUAGAAAACCCUGAAUCGCUGAAAAACAAUGGCCAUCAAACAAAGUACCAUCGGACCUAACGAUUUCUGUCUGUUUUGAAUCCAGGUUGAAUUUUUUUGAUUGCUUUUCCCCAGGAGUGCUGGUAACCAAGUGUUACAGUCCCUUUCCUAGAAGGGGACACCAUUUGAGUUCAUUAACUCUGCCACCCUGAUGCUUUUUAUUUUGUAAACUGGUCGGUAAUGUGGGUUGAAUGUGUCUUUUCUAGACUCUACCUAUGGCCACCACAACACUAAGAGUUCAAACUGGGCCAAAUACAUACGAGGAGCGUUUGUUGGCGCUUGGACUGUACUCACUGGAGUCCAGAAGAAUGAGAGGGGACCUCAUGGAAACAUUUAGAAUGUUGAAAGGACUGGACAGAGUAGAUGUGGCUAAGUUUUUCCCUUGGUGGGUGAGUCCAGGACAAGAGGGCACAGUCUUAGAAUUAGAGGGUACCCAUUUAGAACAGAGAUGGGGAGAAAUUUCUUUACCCAGAGGGUCGUGGAUUUAUGGAAUUCGUUGCCACGUACAGCUGUGGAGGCCUGAUCAUUGGGGGCAUUUAAGGAGGAGAUUGAUAGGUAUCUAAUUGCAAAGACGUACGGGUAGGUUAAUUUGGGUUUAAAAUGGGCGGCGCAGACUCGUUAGGCGGAAGGGCCUGUUACCACGCUGUAAAUAAAAUUUAAAAAAAAUUAAUUAAAAUUAGUCAGGGUAUCAAGGGAUAUGGGGAAAAGGCUGGGAAUUGGGGCUAGAUGGGAGAAUAGUUUAGCUCAUGGUGAAGUGGCGGAGCAGACUCGAUGGGCCGAAUGGCCUAUUUCUGCUCUUGUGAUCUUGUGAAGUGCAGGCAAAUGAAACUAGCUUAGUCGGGCAUCUUGGCCAGCGGAGAUAAUCGGGCAGUAGGACCUGUUUCCGUGCUGUGUAACGCUACAAUUCCAUGACUCACAACAGCGCAUUAUUUUCCCCAGGGUGCGGGUGUCUAAAACAAGAGGUAUGGGGUGAGAGGUCGGAGCUUUAGAGGGCAUCUGAAGGUGAGUCUUUUCACACAGAAUUGGAAUGUGCUGCCUGAGGAAAUGGUGGAGGCAGAUACGCACGCAGCACUUAAGAAACAGGUAAACAAGUAAUUGAAUCUUCAAGUAAGAGAAGGCUGCAGAUCAAAUGCAGGUAAGUUGGACUAGUAUAGAUAAGGUCAGAAUGGAUACAGUGGGCCAAAGGGCCUGUUUCUGUGCUGUACAAUUGUAUGACAGCUCAGAGGCCACUAGGUUCUCUGCUGAUUCAAACCAAGCAGUUCCAUCCCCUCAGUGUUCACCCUCCUUUGUAUUUGGAGCCAAUUUUCUCAUUAAUUAUGAUCCUUCAGCAUGGUGACCAAUGUAUCUGUUGAAUAUCAAUGCCCACUUGUACCCUCUGCCUGCAUAUACACUUAGGGGACUUUGUCACGUCGUACGGUUGGGUGGUUAUUCCCACAUUGCCUCCAAGUCUUCUUGUAUUUUUUAUUCCAUAUUUACCAAUGCCUUUUCAUUUAAAGAUUGCAUAAGAUGGAAUGAUAUUAAAAUUACUUUUGACCAAUGGAAAUUUAAUCAAAAGCCAUUUGUCUAUAUUGCAUACAUUUCAAUGUCAUUAAAGCAUACAGUUUCGAUAG